AUGGCAGAAUUCUGGGAUGAUGUGAAGAAAGACAUGAACGAAGUUGCAACUGACAUGGAGAAAGAUGAAGCAAGAUCCAACAGCACACAAGGAUGCCACACAUACAGAUUUUUUGACACAAUGUUUGCAAAAAAUGUCGUGGAAAACGACGUUAACCAGACCAUUGCGGAACUGAUCGCUGCGAACGCGGCAGAAGAUAGCUCUAUCUCCGUUUCCAAUGCGAAUUUUCGAGUCUAUGGCACUAAAUUUAAAGGCGUACACCAAGCCGCUUCAUUUACGCGGAUGCUGCUGAAUCCCCAACGACGUUCGCUGACUGCAAACGUUAAAAAUCGUUUCCCUUUCGAUGUGGAAAUUGAAAUAAUUUUUGGUGGUACCACAUAUGAUGAGGAUACCGGCAACCUUGACGAUUUCGAAAUUGAAAUGAAUGCAUCUGAGCGUGCCUCGUGGAAGAUCACAAAGAUGCUCCGAAAUAUCCUACCAUAUUAA